CGUUGAGGCGGCGGUGAGGUGCGGGAGCGGAACCGGCCCGCGGAUCCGGUUUCUGGGAAGAAACCGACCUUGAAAACUGUUCGUGUCCAGUUUCAUCGACCUCCCGGGUGACGCAAGGACGUGUUUUCCUCGACUCAGGGAGCAGGCGCGCUGAAAGGUCGGGUUCGUCCGCCAGCAUGAAGCCCGAUGAGGUCCCCCUGUUUGACCCCGGCCUGCUCCGGGAGAUUGACUGGAGCCAGAACACUGCCACCUUCUCGCCCGCCAUCUCCCCCACCCACCCCGGCGAUGGCCUCGUCCUCAGGCCGCUUUGCGUGGCCGAUUUAAAUCGAGGUUUCUUUAAGGUACUGGGUCAGUUGACAGAAACUGGAGCGGUCAGCCCUGAGCAGUUCAUGAAAUCGUUCGAGCACAUGAGGAAGUCAGGCGAUUACUACGUUACAGUCGUGGAAGACGUGGCGGUGGGCCAGAUCGUGGCCACGGCGACUCUGAUUGUAGAACACAAAUUCAUCCAUUCGUGCGCCAAGAGAGGAAGAGUCGAAGACGUGGUUGUCAGUGAUGAAUGCCGAGGAAAGCAGCUGGGCAAACUAUUACUGUCAACUCUCACACUGCUCAGUAAGAAGCUGAACUGUUACAAAAUUACCCUGGAAUGUCUCCCUCAAAACGUGGGUUUCUACAAAAAGUUCGGUUAUACCGUAUCUGAAGAGCGCUACAUGACCCGGAGGUUUCUAAAGGCAGAUAAUCCGCAGUAAUUACUAUUAUUAUUUUUUUAAAGAGCCAUAGGUAGAGGGUCUUGUGCUACAAGAUUAUUCAGUCCCUGGAAAAUUUUUUUUUUUUUAAAAAAGUACUGCUAUAAACAACGGAUUGAAACAUUUGUAAAAUGGUACCGGUACGGUGACACUUUUGAAGAUGACUUCGGGUGGGGGAAGACAUACUGUAGGAUUAAGUUAAAGGAAUAUCCACAAAGGGGAUGGUUUUUAACCAAAGGAAUAUAUUUUUAUCUUGGAAUUUUUUCUCGCAUUGUAUUUUUCUAAAGUUGUGUUUCAUUCCUUGGAAGACAAAGGCUAGAUAGUAGAGCACGUUUCUGCUAUCUGCACUUUUCAUUUAAUGAAAGAUGGUGGAAAAGUCCUGCCGUGCACAGAAAGUAACAAAUGUAGAGAAGCGUAGGAAUGUUUAUUUCUAAUCAGAGAGACAGAUACUACUGACAUGGCGAAACUCUAGGGCAAGUUGCAGAGUUUGUGGUUUUCUUAAAUUUGCUUUAAGCAGGAGGUAAAUUGUUAAAUGUGGCAGCGAUGUCAGUGGUAUUGUCCAUGUAAAAACUAAAUUCAGGCUCGGCAGCCGUGAGUGUCAAGUGAUUUGUGAAAUUUGAUGGGCACUUAAAAACAAUCAAUGUCAAAUGGAAUGCUUCUAGUGCAAAAUAAGCUCAGUUUUGCUCUGAACCCCAUGUCCUAAGUGUGCAAAUGGAAGGCAGCCCUGUCAUUCGUCGUGUGAAAUGCAGUAAAUAAUUUAAGAUCUUUAAGGACCCCUAGAGCCUAAUUUCAGAGAGCCAGGUUUUCCUAAUGUAAAGAGGGGGUACGUCUUACCUGUUGACUUGAAUAAUUACCUUGCUCCACAACCGGAGAGUAGGAGCAGCUUGGUCUAGUGGAAAGAGCACAGGCCCGAGAGUCAGAGGACCUGGGUUCGAAUCCCAGCUCUGUCACAACUUCUCUGAGCCUCAGUUUCCUAACCUGAAAAAGGGGGUGGCGGGGGGGAAGGGUUCAAUACCUGUUCUCCCUCCUACUGGGACUGUGAGCUUCGUGUGGGAAAAGGACUGCGUCUGACCUGAUUAUCUUUGCCUUUACCCUAGCACUUAGAACAGUGCUUAAUACUCUAUAAUAUUUAUGCAGUCCAUCUCUCGUUCUACCUGGGCACCAGCCUGUGAAAGUAAAAGAAGUCUCAUUCUCAAACCCCUUAGACCCGACGGACUGUUUACUCAGCAUCUCCUCAGAGCUGGUGGGGGUUUUUCUAUUUAACGUGGUCACCGCACUGCACUCAAUGUAUAUCUGGGCCUCUGAGGUGUUUUAUUUAUUUUUUUACGGUGUUCUUUCAGUUCCAAUAAAUGACCAUCAAAAAAUA